AUGGAAGAGGGGCCGGAAACUGCAAUCCAAAAUGACGAGGAAACCAAAAGUCUAAUCAGCACACGAGAUGUGUCACAGUCUGAUACUCCACUUCCGUCAUCCUCAUCAUCACAGAAACCGCUUCUGAAUUCUUCCAAAACGUCUCAACGGUGGCUUUUAUUGUUCUUCGUGUUGUUACUCCUCCUGGCCAUUCUCUUUGUCACGGAUAGAAUGGAACUAUUUCGAAGAGACGGCAACACGGGCACAUCAUUAGCCCAAUCUCCUUCCAUUCCACAAGACUCCCAAACAAAGCUAACGAACGACGAGAUUCGAACACAGCGCUUACAGCUAAUGAAAUCGUACAACUUCUCAAAUCCAUCAGCAAUCAACUACACAUCAUUGGUCCAAUAUUUGGGUUUGGCAAGAGUCUUUCAACCAAACUUUAAAAGCUCAGAAUCAGCAAUUCCACCGUGGUGUACGUACGAUGAAGCACAUCAUCCUUCGAAUGAGACAGGAACACCUAGUUUCAACCGAAGUGUAUACGCAAGUGGGAUCCUAUACAACAAGAUGCCAAAGGCGGCAUCUAGCACAUUGUCUGGUAUUGUGUUACGAAUAGCCCACAAUGUGGCCAAGCGAUUUGGAGCUCAGCAUCCCUGCACUUCAUUUCAGCAUCACAUUGAGGCGGAAGGAAAUGCCAAGAGGCUAUUUGAGGAUCGUGACGUCCACAAGUCGUUUCUCUUUAGUUCGAUUCGAGAUCCGGCUGCCCAAGCCAUUAGUCAUAUUUAUUUCAGGCAUAUUUCCAGAAGAAACCAAACUCCUUCCGAUGAAAAUAUGAUGAAGUUCUUGAUGAACAGCAAUCAUCAGAACGGCGUCAUUUCGAAAGGAGUGGGAGGCUUCCAGAUUGAAUAUUUGGCAUUCGAAAGACUGCCACAAUUCUACGCCUGGAACAGACGUGCGCCAACGAGGGUGAUACAGCCCAUACAUGUGCACCAAGUGAUCCAGGAAAUCUUGGCGAAUUACGACUAUUUCAUUUCCGUCGAGCGCUUUGACGAAUCCUUGGUGGCGUUGCAGCUGUUACUUGGUCUCGAAACGAGUGAAAUACUCUAUAUUUCUUCUAAAAAAGCCGGAGGUUCCUACUCGUACAGCAAAGGAAAGGGAUGCUUCUUCCUACAAAAGCCCAAAGCUUCGGAUGCCGUUGCUGCCUAUCUUGCCAGUGACGAAUGGUAUGCCAAACAGUAUGGUGACUAUGUCCUGAUGGAGGUGGUAAAACAAAGUUUGGACCUGACGAUAGAAUAUUUAGGAGAAAGCCGCUUUGAUCGAGCGCUAAAGGAGUUUCGAGCCAUGAAACGGGAUGGGGAAGGGGAAUGUGCGGACAAGGCAACAUUCCCAUGCAGUGACGACGGAGAAGAGCAGCUCGAAGCCGCAGAAAAAAGCUGCUACUCGACGGAUUGGGGCUGUGGCUAUGCUUGUCUGGAUAGUUUAUCAUCCGAUGAUACUCGUACAUGA